AUGAUAUCUAUUUGGAAUUCACAGCUGUUAUUUCCUAAAAAUGUAUUGAUGGAUUUUUUCGAGACAUUACGGGAAAAGAAGGAGUUAAAAAAAGAAUUACCGUCAGACAUUCAUCAUUAUCAUAUUCAUUACUAUCCUGUUUACAUGCAUUCGCCGAAAGCUGUUAAAGCGCCUGAUAAAAGUGAAUUGGAAAUUUUACACACAAAUAAAUUGGAACAACUUGGAUGGAGUAACCAAGAAUACAAAAAUGUUCCUGAACCGAAGCUUCAUCAUCUUUUGGGCUUAGAUGGUCUGACAUCUGAUCGUCAUGAAGAAUCUAAAGGAAUAGUUGUUCAAGUACCGUUGAACCAGCAAAUAAUUGUACAGCAGCCGAAAGAAGAAGAAAAAGUUAAUCCUCUAGUAGCGUUCUUCCGAAAGUUGAAGAGCAUAAAGAAUUCAAUUUUCAGCCACCACUUAGAUAAAAAAGUAGAGGAUGAGGAGGAACACAAGGAUCAUAAAAUAAGCACUGUUUUUGUUUAUACUCAUCCCAGUAAACACGGACAUUAUCCAUAA